AUGACAACAAUCGAUGAAAUUAGAGUGGAUAAAAAUAAGGCAAAAUGUGAACAUAGAAAGGCAGAGAAAGAAAAGCGAAUGAUAAUUUUACAAAAUGAACCUACUGAAUUUAAUGAAAAAGAACCAGGUUUUAGAGAAAUAAGAAUUAACGUUGAACUAAAACAACAAGAAAACAAUAUUUUUAGUUUCCCUGAUUUAUGUAAAGAAGCCGACGAGUUUCAAUUCAAUAAACCUGGUGAUGAUUUUUUUAAAAGGAUACUUGAGAAUUCUGGAAAAUAUGCAGAUGAGGAAGAAGAAGAACAGAGUAAUAGGAGAAAGAAAAGGCAAGAAAAAUAUGACGUUUCUGAUCCAUUCAUCGAUGAUAGUGGCAUGGCUUCAUUUAGACCAGAUAAUAAUAAUAAAUCUCGUCCUAAAAUCGAGGGCUUCUACGUAUGGAGGGGUCCGUUAGAAUUAGAAAAUAACAAUGGCAAAUCUUCUGGAAAAAAGAGAACUUAUAAACGCAAAAAAAAAGAUAACAAUGAGGAAGAUGAAGAGACAGGGGAAUCAAAGCCUCGUAAAAGGCGUAAUACCAAACCACGACCAUCCGAUGAACCUGUUAAAAAAGACAAUGAUGAUGGGAACGAAGAACCAAAAGCAAAAGGCACAAGAAAACCAAGAAAACCAAGAAAAUCAAAAAAUAAUGAUUCCACCACCAACGCCACAACAGCAACUACCGAAGGAACAGAAACAAUUGUAGUAAUUGAUCCAGAAAAGUCUUCAUUUUCCUCUUCGUCUUUCAUUAAUGCUAUUGCUUCUAAUACUUCUAAUAAUAAUAACCAAACAACUGCUAUGGAUGGUAUUAUACACAAUAGUGUACAAAAGGUACAAGAACAACAACAAAUACCAAAAGAUUCAUUGUAUUCGUCUUCAUUUUCCAAUUCGAAUACACUCGAUGAUGCUCAAAUGAACACUCUGUAUAAAAAACGACCCAAAGAACAUAAAGAACAAAAUAAUAAUACAGUAACUAGCAAAAAGAUUUAUCAUGUUGAGUCAUUAAAUCCUGAAUUACAACAAAUCAUAUUGGUUUUUAAGAAUGAAGUAUCAAAAGAAAGCUUUCAGAAUAAAUCAAGAUUUCCGGAAAGUCUCAAACCCAUUCUGGUUAAAUUAUUGUCUAAAGCAUAUGAACUCGGUGGAUUUAAUGAAAAUCUUUUCAAAAUGUUGACAAACAUUCUUCCUUACAAUAAAUUCACCAUAACACGUCUUUGCUAUAGAACAAUGUACCCAAAAGCAAUUCAUGAUGCACGAUCUAAAAAAUUAAAAUUGAUUUCACAAUUUAAAUCAUCAGUUGAUAAAGCAAUGCCUAAACUGUUAAAAGAAUAUGAUGAACGUCUAGCAAAAAUAGAACCUAGCCCUAAUGUUCCCUUCUCGUCACCUUUUCCUUCUACACCGCCACCAUCUUCAUCAAAUAUGGAUAUGGACAUUGAUGAUUAUGAGGGUCCUGAUGUUGCUAAUGGUGCCAAAGCUCCUAAUAAAGAAAAACCAUUGGUACCAAAGAAAUUUAAAUGGGACAAUAGCAUUAAAUCUUUAUUAUAUCAAAUUAUUCAAACUGAAAUGUCUAUUGUGGUGAUGUCUAAUCAACUUGCUGAGGCAGAAGAGAGAACUGAAAGACAAUCUGAACAAACAUGUAGAAAAAAAUUGUACCAAGAUCUUUUAACAAUUUGGCCUGAUGGAUGGAUGUCAUCUCAAGAUAUAGGAAAG